CAGCUGAUCGACUUGGCUUCGAAGUUCGAAGGAAAGAGAUCGUGUCCGAUGUUUGCCUGCAAAUGAGCGGCGAUCGAAGGGAUGCGGAGCGGCGAAUUUACUUCGACGCGAUGGACAAGGAGGACGAGUUCAUGAUUCGGCGGCCGCCGCUGCGACGCUGGCAGACGGACGACUUUCGGCCGCGGCGGCGCCGCGACGACCUCCAGCAGACCGCGGUCACCCUGGCGACCUUUCUGCGCGUCGAGCUGACCCGCGACUACCUGCUGGAGCAGGACGAGGACCGCUUCACGGCCAAGCGAGAGAAAAUCUACUCGUUCUUCAAGAUCCCGCGCGAGGUCGAGAAGUUCAUGGCCUACGGCUUUUUCCAGUGCGCGGACAGUUUCCUGUUCGUCUUCACCUUCUUGCCCGUGCGCUUCGUCAUGGCGCUCUGGGCCAUCCUCGUCCGACCCUUCCACCACUGCUUUGGACAACUCGCACUGCUCAAACCUGCCGAGGUCUGCGACGCCCUCAAGGGCAUCAUCAUGCUCGUGUGCUGCCUGGCGAUGAAUUACAUCGACACCUCGAUGAUGUACCACCUGAUCAAGUCGCAGUCCAUCAUCAAGCUGUACAUCUUCUACAACAUGCUGGAGGUGGGAGACCGGCUGUUCUCUGCGUUCGGCCAGGACACGAUCGACGCCCUGCUCUGGACGGCCACGGAGCCGCGGGGCAGGAAGAGGGAGCACUUUGGCCUCGUCCCGCACCUCCUCUUUGCGGCCAUUUACGUCUUUCUGCACAGCCUGCUGGUGCUCUUCCAGGCAACCACUCUGAAUGUGGCCAUCAAUUCAAGCAACAAAGCCUUACUUACCAUCAUGAUGUCCAACAAUUUCGUCGAGCUCAAAGGAAGCGUUUUCAAAAAGUUUGACAAGAACAACCUUUUCCAGGUUGCGUGCAGCGACGUGCGGGAAAGGUUCCACCUAUUCGUGCUGCUGUUCAUCGUGGUGCUGCAGACGAUGAAGGAGUACUCGUGGCGCGAGGAGCGCUUCUGGGUGUUGCUGCCGGACUGCGUGAUGGUGCUGGUGGCCGAGGUGUUCGUCGACUGGGUCAAGCACGCGUUCAUCACGCGCUUCAACGAGCUGCUGGACGACGUGUACCGCGACUACACGGCCAGCCUGGCCUUCGACACGGCGCAGACGCGGCAGAAGCACGCCGUCUCGGACCACUCGGACCUGGUGGCGCGCCGCAUGGGCUUCAUCCCGCUGCCCCUGGGCGUGGUCAUGAUCAGGGUGCUGGUGCAGGCGCUGCACGUCGACUCGCCCGCCGGCCUCGUCCUCCUCGUCCUUGCCUACCUCUGCGUCGCCUCCUUCCGCAUCCUCAACAGCCUCGUCAUCCUGGGCAAGGCGUGCGACCUGAUGGCCUCCUUCCCCGACAAGCCCCUCACGCCCUGCGCCAGCCCCGCGGCCAUCCUCACCAACAGCAACGUCACCCUGGCCAGCCUCGGCAACCUGCUGGACGCGCGGCCCCUCACCGAGGACGAGUCGCAGGAAACGCCGCCCGAGUCGGACAACGAGGACGACGACGACGACCUCGUCGCCAAGUCCUCCUUCUUCCAGCAGAGGACCCGGUCCGAGCCGUCCAUCUCGCUCUCCGACAGGGAGCUCGUUUCCACCGAUGCUUGAAUUUUACUUAACUAGUCUCACAAUUUUGUCUCUGAUUUCCAUUGUUAAGUGUAAGUUUGAUUUUAAGUCGGAUCAAAGCACUGAAUGUCGUUUUUACUUCGCCAAUUAGGUUAAAUAAAGCAUAUUUUUGC